GCUCUACGCGAGCAGCACGCGCCGAGAGCGGGUCGCUUAGUUGGGGCUGCGGUUCGCUGUUGGUUCCAGACCCUCUUUAAUUCAAGUGCGAGCUCAAACGCACGAUAACUUAGCAGUGCUGCGCCAAUACGUCGUUGAUUUCUCACUUUGCGUGCGCGAGGGCCCUAGGCACAGUCCCAACUUGGUCGUGACCUCGUUCCAACUCAACGGCGGAGCCAGGGCACGAUUGCCGUGCGUGUUAUAAAGGCACAAACUUCAUAUAUUUACAACUCAUGCUUGAAGUAGAGCGCCGGAGCAGCUAACGCGAGAAGGCAUCCGCCGUGGCGCCGUGACAAGAACUGCCACUCGCGUUGUUGCUGGCCAGCUCGAGCUUCAGAGCUUUCCGGUAUGAUGGGCACUAGGUCCAGGAGGAGCCAUCCGGGCGAGUGUGCACGCGCUGCAACUCCGGGUGGGCCACGCUGUGCAAGCCAUCGAGCAAUCGGAGCAUCACGGCAAGGCAAUAAGGAUCUGGAGCUUUCACCCGGCGGUAUUGGUGCUGCCGCUGAUGGCGCUCGCGGAAGGCAUUUGCGCAAUUGCGGACCACUGGCGCGCACGUGUGCUGGCACCCGCGCUGCCCGCGGAGGAAGUACUGCUGCCGCGAACGUCAUACGCCGCGGUGCCCAAUCAAGCAUCAGGGUUUUUGUAAAGGUGAUGACUUGAUGAUGGAUGGAUGGAGCCAUUGGGUGGCUUCUGUCCCCACGCUCUGUCGUCGCGCACCGUAGCCCCCGCUGUUAUGCUAACACAUCAAUAGAACUUGAUGCCCGUUAAGGUCCAGGCCGUCAGAUACAGGGGUGAAGCGAGCACGCCAUACCUCUGGACCGCCCGCCUGCUGAGCACGCAGAUGGACGGCCCGGUCUUCCGCCAGUACCAGCUGCGCCACUCGGCCUACCUGCAAUGCAACAAGGCACUGUGCGACGGCGCCAUCCUGGCUUAGAGCGCAACGCCACGGGGCAACGCUGCACGCUGUGGCGUACAUGCAUGUUGCGCACCUGCCGCGGUCGCUGGUACAUGCAUUCCCGAUCAUGCACGCUUCACCCUUGCAUUAUGAACUGUAUCAUCGUGAAUACGGUAGUGCAUGGAUGGCCUGCAAACCUCUGCACUCUGGUUCCGAUAAAGCGGUUCCGUUGUUCAUUGCACGACGUCUGGUAAGGCGGUGUUCAUGAAUCGGCGUGACGGCACUCAUCUACCGUAUCCGCGACGGGCUUGGUAGGAGUCAGCACUAUUGUUGACCGACUUGCUUGGUGCCGUCAUGUACUCAUGUGUAGGAUCAGCAUUGCUUCCCAGCAUGAAGUGAUUGAUGGGCGUUGUAGUGCAAGUGCGCCCACAAGAUGGAAGCGUGCACACACGUGGCAUGGCUAGACGGCGUGCGGGCGCCAUCUUAACUAUUUCCAUGUGUAAUAACCUUUGAUU